AUGUCUGUUACACUUCACACAACAUCGGGCGAUAUAAAAAUUGAAUUAUACAUCGAGGACGCUCCGAAAGCAUGUGAAGUUAGUCGAAAACAAUAGGAAAAUAACAAAAAUCUAUUUUUCAUUUCAGAAUUUUUUAGCGUUAUGUGCAAGCGAUUAUUAUAAUGGUUGUAUUUUUCACAGAAAUAUUAAAGUGAGUAAGCGAGAAAAUGAAUGAUAUUUUUAUAAAAUUGUGGAAUUCAGGACUUUAUGAUACAAACUGGUGAUCCAACGCAUUCUGGAAAAGGAGGAGCAAGUAUUUGGGGAGCAGCAUUUGAAGAUGAAUUUGUCUCGAGUUUGAAAGUUGGUCCUUCAAAAACAAAGCCGACAUGAUUAACAAGAGUUUUUUUCUUUUUACAGCACGACACUCGAGGAUGUGUCUCUAUGGCGAACAAUGGACCAAAUACAAAUCAAUCACAGUUUUUCAUUACUUAUGAUAAACAACCUCAUUUGGAUAUGAAAUACACAUUAUUUGGUAAAGUAAUUGAUGGAUUUGAUACUUUGGAGGAACUUGAAACAAUUAAAGUCGAUGCAAAAUAUCGGCCACUUGUUCAACAAAAGUAAGACUUGUUUUCGUUUCUAAAUAUCAUCGCCCUUCCUUUCAUUCAUCAUUUUUCGAAUUUCCCACGAGAGAUUUUCAGAAGACAAAAACAUAAAUGUAUUUUUCAGAAUUCAAAGCAUCACAAUUCAUGCAAAUCCAUUGACUGUUCAAUGA